UCUCGAACUGACAGAGCGAAUCGUCGCAUCGGCACCCCGCCUGUCUGCCUGCCGCGCCGCCGGCGGCCUCCUCACUCGUUUCUCCGGCUUUCGGUCAGAGAUCGGAGUCCCCCGUCGUGGCAUGAAAAACCAAAUUCGGACGCGUGUCUGGCGACCCCUCUUCUCCUCCUGCGCCGUGUCGCUGGCGGGAAUCCGUUUGCCACCAAACUUCUCUAUUCCUCCUUCUCCUCUUCUUCCUUCUUCUCCUACCGCUUGGACUUCUCCCUCCUUUUUACACCUCUCUCCCCCUGAUGUAGAACAAGAACCGCGUGCUGAGGCGACCCGAUAUCAGUUAUAUCAAGGAACUCGGUACUAACGGAGGUCUUUUCGAAGCUCCGGGUCUCGUAGCGCAUUUCGUGACCACGAGAGAAUCGCAGAACUAGAGGAGAAGAGAUUAGAAUCGCUUCAUCGGAAAGUCAUUUCUCAAGACUGCCGAACUUUAGACCACGACGGUAAACUCGAAGGAAAUUUUUCUACAAUCGCGAUCGUCGGAGUCGACAAAAUCGAAUAAAUAAACUUAUUAAAAUAAUAAUAGAAAUAUACGACAAUCCGGUCGGCGAAUGCGACUGCGGAAGACUUGCGGUAUCAAGAGGUGCCGGAGAGGUAUCAUUGAGAUAUCGAGUGUCACGGGAGCUCUGGAGAGAGAGCACGCUACGUGUUCGUUGCUUCUUCCACGAUUUUGAUUGACGUUCGCGACACGAGAGAAAUAUCAAGAUGUUGGUACGAAGCGGCCAUGCAAUGAUCGUAGCGAUGCUUCUGAUCGCGUUGGUUUUCCUGUGUUCCCUCUACGCCGCCGAUGCUCAAAGCAACUUCAGGAGAUCGCAUAUUCGAAUGCAGAAACUGUGCUCCAGAAAACUGAGCGACGCCCUGUACCUCAUAUGCCGGGAACGCGGCUACAACGAACCUUUCUCGUAUAGCAACGAAGAUGAACCGAGAGUUGAUCCCGGUCCGGGACUCGUCGACGAGUGCUGUUAUCAUCAGUGUACUCUCGGAAUGCUCGAGGCAUACUGCAAGCCCCUUCCCGAAGAGAAGCGGGCCGGCUUGAGGGACGACGUCAUAGAUCAGUCGUAUUUAGCGAAUCUACCUCAUUCCACGACAAAAGAGCUGCUGGAACAGCAUCCGCAGACGGAGAUGGACUACGCCGGCGAUGCGAUAAAACGUAAGGUCGAUGAUUUGAAAAGGGAACAACACAUGGGGAAAAGUGAUCGCAAUGUUGAUGGUGAAUGCAAGGGGAAGGCUGAUGCGAAAAAGCAACAUCGCGGCAGGCACUGCAGAUGCCGGCGUCGGCGUCCGGGGUGUCGCCGAGCUGGCAAGGUUUCGCGCAGCAACGUUAAGUCUCUAGACAACAAAUUCGUAACGUCGACGACUUACAAACCUACGUCGUUUCUCUCCGUAUCGUAAUGCAAGGCUGCAGUACUAAAAAUCGAUAAAACUUAUUGACGAGCCGUACGAGCAAUCGGAAUUAAAGAAACUUCUUGAGAAGAAGUAUCCUUAGAGCGAAGUUAUUUGUUUUUCUCCAACGCCAAUUUUCGAUCUGUCACUUUAUAUUGAUUGCAUCAUUGAAAUAAUUGAUGGAGUCUGCAACACGUAUGAUCAUUCGCAGAGAAGAAAUUGGAGAAUUUGGGGCAGAUAUAUUAGGGCAGAUAAAUCGAUUCGCAAAAAGGAAUGAUUCGCGUGAAAGAGAUAUUAUUUAUAGGAAAUUCAGUCUCAUCACGCGUAUUAGUGUGCCAAUAGAUCGUGUCGAAACGGCGACGACACAGUGGCGAACAGUGUCAUCCAUCAAUCUUGGACAUAGAAGAUCUUGCGAUCAAGAAAGCAUGGAGGAUCGAUUGCUCGGCGGUCAUAUUGACGGGAACAGAUAUAGCUGUUUCAACAUUGUUUUUCUUCAAUAUCAAGACUAAUGUAAUUAAAGAAGAAUUGAAUUUCGAUGACGACUCGCGGAGGAACGCGGACUCAAAUAUCAAAUGUGAUGAAUUUGAAUCCGAACAAUCGGGUUACGCGAUCUCGUAAAAAAACAAAAAAAAAACAGAAAGACUUGUGUGAUUCAGUAAUAAGUGUUUUCAAACGGGGGAAGCAGCCCGAUUCGGAUAUUUAUAGGUGAUUUUAGAUUUAUUAACAAAUGAUCUCAUUAGUAUUAGAAAUUCUGUUGUAAGUUUAAGGUUUAAACUUAGGGUUUAGCUUUACACAACACAUCGACGAACGCGUACUUUACUAGUCCAAUGGACGAGAUUUAAAUGCGGAAUUGUAAUUUUUAUUAAAGGACGUAGAUUUGGAGGUUUCGGAGGAGAUAGCUGUAGACACACACACGAGUUUUAUCACGUAAUACAUAUUAGAUAGCAUACACUCUUCUUACCGCCAAAAUUUUCAGUUGGCAUCUGCGUUAAUAAUAACGACUAAUAAACAUUUAUACGUAC